CGCGCGCGGUUAAAUCCCAUCCCGGCGGCGGCAGAUCUCACCUGCACCCCGCCGGGCGCAGCACCAUGCCUACCUGCCGUGCAGUUCUGCUCUUCGCCACCUUCCUCCUCGGCCUGCUGCUGCUCGGCUUCCCCCCGGCCACAAGCACAGGAGCAGAGAAAACAGGCGUUUGCCCAGAGCUAAAGGAGGACCUGAACUGUACUCAGGAGUGCAGUUCAGAUGGAGAAUGCGCGGACAACCUCAAGUGCUGCCGGGCGGGCUGCGCCACCGUUUGCCACCUGCCCAAUGAAAAACAAGGUUCCUGCCCCCAGGUGGACCGUCCCUUGACCCCGCUUGGCCUCUGCCGGGACCAGUGCCAGGUGGACAGCCAGUGUGCUGGCCAGAUGAAAUGCUGCCGCAAUGGUUGUGGGAAAGUGUCCUGUGUCACUCCUGUCUUCUGAGCUCCAGCCGUCACAGCCUGAGGAAUGGGGGGAGAGUGGACGUUUCUGCCUGGCACCCGCCCUGCUGCCUUCCCCUCUUUCUGGCCUCUGCCCUUCCCCCUCCUGCACUGACCACAGCUUCUUUUGCCAACUAAUAAAAUAACCAUUUCCAGCA